AUGGCGCUGAGAGCAGCCUUACUGCGGCACGUGCGAAUUCCGGCACAAACCCUAAACCCAGCCCUAAGCCUAAACGGAGGAAAAUGGGGCCCACCUUCUCUCCGGUGGAUGUCAUCGCACGACGAUCAUCUCACCAAAUCCGAGGUCACCGAGAGAGUCCUCUCUGUUGUCAAGAGCUUCCCAAAAGUCGAUCCUUCCACGGUGACUCCUGAUGUACAUUUCCAGAAGGAUUUGGGCUUGGAUAGCUUGGAUAAUGUGGAGAUUGUGAUGGCUCUGGAAGAAGAGUUCAAGCUAGAGAUUCCAGACAAGGAAGCCGAUAAGAUUGACUCUACUAAUCUGGCCAUUGAGUACAUCUACAACCAUCCAAUGGCUGGGAUUUCAUUCUUGUGGGCAACUGGUCUUGUGGAACCUGGAUCCCAUUACAAUGCUUGA